CUGCAAGCCAAUAGAGAACCAAACACCAAUAAUUUCUUGAAAGAAGCAGUGUCACCCUGCAAAUAGGUGGAUGGAGAUUCAGGAGAGUAGCUGCCUGUUUCCUGUACUAACCAACCAGAUUCCAAAGGACUUCAAGACUGCUGUCAUGACCACUGCCAAGAACUUGUCUGCCAUCUAAUCACCACGCUUUAUAUUUUCGCAUUGUUUAAAUGAAUGCUGCAGUAUUUGCCCAUCUCCUUUAAGGAAAGAAGGAUGAGCUCGUAUGCAGACAUCUGUGGGUCCAAGCAAGCACAAGGUAGUGCAGAGGGAGGUUACCAUCGCUAUGGAGUUCGAUCCUACCUGCACCAGUUCUAUGAGGAUUGCACAGCUUCCAUUUGGGAGUAUGAGGAUGAUUUUCAGAUCCAGAGAUCGCCCAGCAGGUGGAGCUCUGCAUUCUGGAAGGUCGGACUCAUCUCCGGGACAGUUUUUAUGCUGAUAGGGCUAACAGUUCUGAUGGUGGGUUUUCUUGUGCCACCAAAAAUUGAAGCUCUUGGGGCAGAAGAUUUUGUUGUUGUUGAUACCCAUGCUAUUCAAUUUAAUGGCUCUCUUGACAUAUGUAAGCUGGCAGGAGCAAUUUUAUUUUGUAUUGGAGGGACCACGAUGGCAGCAUGUCUGCUGAUGUCUGCAUUUGCAAAGAAUUACUCCAAGGAAGAAAAGUACCUUCAGCAAAGGUUUAAAGAGAGAAUAGCAGAUAUAAAAGCCCAUGCACACCCAGUCACAAAAGCACCAAUGCCAGGAGACUCAAAGAUACCUGUCACUUUGUCCAAAGUUCAAAAUAUCCAACCUUUAUCUGAAACCUGACAUUUUCCUUUUUAAUUUAUACAUCACUUAAUUUGAAAAGGUCAGCUUGUGUGAGCAUCUGAUUUUUGUGUUUACAACACAGCAGAAAGUGCUCUGCUCUGUAAGAAAGAUGCUGAUUGGAAACUUUAUCCAACAGAAAUUUAGAUUUGGCAAAAGAAUGAAGUUAGGUGAUUAAUGCUUUGAGCAGUGGAUUUAAGUGUUCAAAUAUGAAUUCUGUAUUUUAAAAGUGUUUGCCUAUGUUGAACAGGUAACCAUACAGAAAAACACAAUCAAGCAGAUUUAAUUUAUCAGAUUGUGUGGUUCGAGAACACUGAGCACAUUUAGACCAAUUGUACCUUGGAAACCCUAAAAUAUGCUUUGUUUUAAAGUUUUUGGGAUUUCUUUUCUGGUCAUUUUUAAUAUUAUAAUGCUGUCUGGCUUCUUGUUCCUUAACUCUCCAGUCCUGCUGCACAGGGAGUCUAAUCCUCUUCUGGAUUUGGACUGGUAGUCUUGUCCUUGUCCGUGGUCCUUAUAAAAACAGUAGUGCAAAUAGGUAUAUACACAGGACACUAGACUGCCUAUGUUUUGACUUUUGUCUUAAUUCGUAACACCAUAUCCAUAAGGGAAACUGACAUUUUUAGACCUAAAUGUACUGCCAACCCACACAAACCUGCCAUUACACCACCUUUUUCCAUCAGCAAACUUUAUCAUAAAAUGCAUUAGGAAGGUGCAAAAUAAUUUUCAUCUAAGAAGAAUGCCCCUUAUCCUCAGCUGCUGCUAAGUGUCAUGUCCCUUACAAGUCUUUGUCACACUUUUUUUUUUAAACUCAGAAAGACACACACACAUAUUUGGGCCUUAUGAGGAAAGAAGUCAUCAACUGUGGUUUACAGUGAAAUUGUUAGUUCAUAAUGUUCUGUCUCACCUGAAACCCAUUCAUUGACCUUUAAUAUAUCCAUUAAAAAAUAUUUUAAAAUGUUAUUGUUAUAUUUUUAUAGACAAUAGAGAAAUCUAUCCGUACUCAGAAUAUCUUUAUGUAGACACUUAGCCAACUACUUUUUUUCCCCUCCCCCUUCAAAUGAGGCAAUUGUAUCACUGGCUUAAACCAUAAAUUAAAAUGUACAAAGAUGUGAACUUUGUAUUCUCUGACAACAUGUGCCACCUUAUAGUUCUGUCUAUUUUUGAAUGGAUUAAAUAAUAAAAAAAAAAAAAA